GCCGGCAGCCGGAAGUGGGGUGGGGGCGCGGGCUCCCGGGCUGUUGCUCCUAGGUGCUAGGGUACAGGGCCAAGCGGGGGUCGGGCAAACCCAGAACAGCGGGGUAAACGCCUCGUGCGCUCGUCGGGCGGGAGUUGUGCACUCGGGCCUGCCGCGCGCCAGACCCGGCCCCUCAGAGGCCCCGCCCAGGGCGCGCUGCCAGGGGUUUCCAUGGUGAUGGUAAACAAGCCUCAACUGCCUCAGCUACAACUGCCAAGUUCCCCGCGUUCCACCCUCCUCUAGGUGCUCAGAGGGACGAUCGAGGUGCCGGAUGUGAAGAGCGGGAGCGUGGAGACUCGGAUCCCGAGGUUAAUAACAAAAGGAGACGCACCUGGACUUUCCCCGGAGCCGUCUGCGUUUUUAAGCGUCGGGUGGAAUUAGGGGUCCUUUGGCUCUAAACAGCGCUUGUUUGAUGAAAAUAGAAAUCAGUCCUGCACCCCUCAGCGGACAGUUCGUUACCUACAAGGAGUGUCUCCGACUGUGGGCAUCCCCUCCCCGGGUGGUUCUUUAAGCCACAAAAAGCUGCACCCAAGCUUGUUUGACGUCUAUCCUCUCAAGUGUCCAUGAUGCUGGGCCCCGAGGGAGGUGAAGGCUUUGUGGUCAAGCUCCGUGGCCUGCCCUGGUCCUGCUCUGUUGAGGAUGUGCAGAAUUUCCUUUCUGACUGCACAAUUCAUGAUGGGGCUGCAGGCGUUCAUUUCAUCUACACUAGAGAAGGCAGGCAGAGUGGUGAGGCUUUUGUUGAACUUGAAUCAGAAGAUGAUGUAAAAAUGGCCCUUAAAAAAGACAGGGAAAGCAUGGGACACCGGUACAUUGAGGUGUUCAAGUCCCACAGAACCGAGAUGGAUUGGGUGUUGAAGCACAGUGGUCCAAACAGUGCCGACACCGCCAAUGAUGGCUUCGUGCGGCUUCGAGGACUCCCAUUUGGAUGCACCAAGGAAGAAAUUGUUCAGUUCUUCUCAGGGUUGGAAAUUGUGCCAAACGGGAUCACCUUGCCUGUGGACCCCGAGGGCAAGAUUACAGGGGAAGCCUUUGUGCAGUUUGCCUCACAGGAGUUAGCUGAGAAGGCCCUAGGGAAGCACAAGGAGAGAAUAGGGCACAGGUAUAUUGAAGUGUUUAAGAGCAGUCAGGAAGAAGUUAGGUCAUACUCAGAUCCCCCUCUGAAGUUCAUGUCUGUACAGCGGCCGGGGCCCUAUGACCGCCCCGGCACAGCCAGGAGGUAUAUUGGUAUUGUCAAGCAAGCAGGCCUGGAGAGGAUGAGGUCUGGUGCAUAUAGUGCAGGCUAUGGGGGCUAUGAGGAGUACAGCGGCCUCAGCGAUGGCUACGGCUUCACCACCGAUCUGUUUGGGAGAGACCUCAGUUACUGUCUCUCAGGCAUGUAUGACCACAGAUACGGCGACGGCGAGUUCACUGUCCAGAGUACCACUGGGCACUGCGUCCACAUGAGAGGGCUGCCAUACAAAGCCACAGAGAACGACAUUUACAACUUCUUCUCUCCACUCAACCCUGUGAGAGUCCAUAUUGAGAUUGGCCCUGAUGGAAGAGUGACGGGCGAAGCGGAUGUUGAGUUUGCCACUCAUGAAGAAGCUGUGGCAGCUAUGUCCAAAGACCGGGCCAACAUGCAACACAGAUACAUAGAACUUUUCCUGAAUUCCACAACUGGGGCCAGCAAUGGGGCAUAUAGCAGCCAGAUGAUGCAAGGCAUGGGGGUGUCGGCCCAGUCUACUUACAGUGGCCUCGAGAGCCAGUCUGUGAGCGGCUGUUACGGGGCUGGCUAUGGAGGCCAGAACAGCAUGGGUGGAUAUGACUAGUUUUGUAGGAGCAUUUGAGUUAUUGCAAUCAAAUUUUCACAGGCAGCCAACAAGCAGUGAAAAGCAAUUAUUACUCUUGAGGAAGCUGUGGGACCCAUUUUGCACCAUGAGUUUGUGAAAUCUGGAUUAAAAAAUUACCUCUUCA